AUGCGAAUCAGCGCGUCGGCGGAGGAGAGAGCGCCGGCGUCAAAGAAGACGAGCGGCGAAAAGAAGAAGCGCGCGCCGACGACGAAGACCGCGGUCACCAAGGCGAAAAAGUCGCAAAAGACGACGAAUGAUUCGAGUGCGACGCACCGCGUGCUGUUGAGCUCGGGGUUCAGCCCGCGUCAGGUGAAGGCUUUGAGCAAGAAGAUUGAGUCGCUCGGCGGCGACAUCGCGACGUCGUUGCGCGACUUCACCGUCUUCGUCACCGAAGCGCCUUUGAAGCGAACGAAGAACGUGAUGGCGUCAGCUUUACAGAAUUGCCCGAUCGUCAAGGCUGAUUGGCUGGAAAAGUCCACGACGAGCGGGAAGUUUCUCCCGACGCAGAAAUUUCUCCUCCGCGACAAAGCGUUUGAACGCGCGCACGCCUACAAUCCAAUGAUCGAGCGCGACCAUCCGUUUCGUGGCAAGACGUGGAGCAUGUAUGGCUCGACGGCAUCCCCUAGCACUGGCGUAAACACCCGCGCCGGCGUCGAAGGCGUGGUCUUGGACUUACUCUCGCUCGGCGGGGCGAAACGCGCAACCGCCGACGGCGACUUCGUCCUUCGCCUCGACGCGGGCUCUUCGUCGUCAAAGACCCCCGACCGCGUGACCUACCUCAAAACCCCCAAAAUCCCGAUUUACACCCCAUCCCACGUCCUCGCGGCGUGCCUCGACGGCGUUCUCCCGUCUUAG